AUGGAAGAGACAGGUCAAAAAAUACCAACAAAUGCUGUAAGGGGAUCCGCUGUUUAUGGAAAAGUGUAUGAGAAAUAUGCGAUAUUUAUGUUAGGGUUAGCAUCUAGAUUCUCACUGCCGCCGCGAAGCUUAACUCGCAUGCUUGAGCUCGACGAGCAGGAUGAGCUCCUCACCAAGAGCUUCGCUAUUGUGUCGCACCGCGACGGACUUCGUAGCAAUGAUACCCCAAACGGCCACGUUCAUGCGGACGAUGCCGGUCGUUCGGAAGUAUUGAGCUCUCACCCGUUGCGCAGGUCUUCAGUAUCAUCAUGCACUGCAAAAAAUGUCGGUGGAAUACAAACGACACUGUCGGAGGAUGUUUCUGACUGCCCUGCUGCUAUCGAGGCGUCUGCCGAUACCACAAAUAAUCUAGAUGCUCCCAAUCAACAUGACAUCGAUGACAUCUUGCACACAGUUUCCCCCCAUGACUCGCUUGUCGCAAUCGCUCUACGAUAUGGCGUGUCGCUUUCAGCACUCCGGCAUGCAAACCAGCUAUGGCCAUCAGACCCGAUCCACCUCCGUACUCAACUCAUCAUACCUCGGCAUCAUUCCCUCAGCUCUCGCAUCAGCGCAACAGAUGAGGAACUCGAGCUUGAGAAUUUCCUCAAGCCUCGUCUGCAAUCUCGCACCCCUGAGAUGGAUAAUCCAAACACUCCUGCCGUGCUUGGUGUCGAACUUGACACCCUGUCGCAUUCCCGACGCAGCUAUAUUCCAGCACAUGAUAUAACCUCGCUACUUGACCAUGCCCCCUCACCAGUAUCAUGUCAACAACUUCGCAAUCUUACAUCGGAUCCCACUAUCAGACCAUUUGCAUCUGACCACCUUCAAACGUCCAAGCACAGUUUCCCCGCACCAGUAUUUGUUCCCGUGCGCAUAUCCCAGCUGGAGCCGGAACCCGCGAUGGAACUACCAGUGCUUAAAAAACACAGUCUCAGUCCGAGACGGGCGCCUGUGUUAGACAGGCAUUGUGCGUACUUGUGGGUAUUGGAAUAUAGAGUUGAUUUUAACAGGCUGCGAACUCAUGAGAAGGCAUAUCUCACCCCAGAUUUUGCGACUAAGCUGGAAGUGGGCGAACCGAUGAAGAAUCGUGCAUUUGUCGUCCCGCUGCAGCCGAUUUCAAAUUCACUGUUGCGUGAUAUGCGAGUACUCCGCUCUCUCAUCAAUCUAAUGGGAGGCCGCGCAAAUUAUAGGGUUCGCAAUCUUCAGCGUUACUCCACCGUUCCCAGCGAAAUCAGGAUAGUGCUUAAAAAUAAGAUACUUCAAUAG